AUGGCGACAACAAAUCUAACGGAAAGUGGAACACAUACGCAAACAUUUCACGAAUCGCUAUGUUCCCCGAUUUGGUUAGGUGAUUUUAAACAACAGUCCAUUUCAUUCUCAGCAGUCAACAUUUUCUUCUCCAUCACGGCAAUUCUUGGGAAUUCCUUUAUCCUUAUUGCCCUUCACAAAGAAUCUUCCCUCCAUCCGCCAUCCAAACUCUUGUAUCGUUGUCUGGCAACAACUGAUCUGUUGGUUGGUCUUGUUAACCAGCCUCUCUAUGCUGCCUACUGGAUGUCCGUGGUUUACGAACACUGGAGUUUUUGUAGAUACGCAAGGGAUGCAACCGUCAUAUCAAGCUAUGUAUUAUGCGGAGUGUCUUUGAUGACGAUGACGGCCAUAAGCGUGGACCGACUUCUCGCCAUGUUGUUGGGACUGAGAUACAAAGAGAUUGUAACUUUGAGGCGCACGUAUAUCAUUUUAGCUAUCGUUUGGGUUGUAUGUCUAGUCGCUGGUUUAUUCUCUUAUCUCAAUUACCGUAUAGGUCUUUGGUACCGCAUCAUAACCAUACCAUCUGGUCUGGUAAUCUCAGUCGCCUCGUACACAAAGAUUUUUCGCGCUCUCAGUCAUCAUCAGGCUCAAAUACAAGAUCAUGUUCAACAACAGCCGAGCCAACCAAAUGCACUGAACAUGGCGCGAUACAGAAAGGCAGUGUACAAUGCGAUUUGGGUGCAGUUAGCUUUAGUUGUCUGUUAUGUUCCACAGUUUAUAGUGAGAAUUGUGAUCUUUCUUAGUGCAAAGAGAUUUUCGAAUUUCUUCUUUAUUUUCGGAAUGGGAAUUGUCAUACUUUUCUUUAACUCUACUUUAAACCCGUUCCUUUACUGCUGGAAGAUAAGUGAAGUGAGACGAGCAGUGAAGCAGACAAUCAGACAAGCAAUCUGCUUUGCAGAGGGGUAA